UGUAUAUAUUGUAUAUGAAUAAGAAUGGGUUAUUAGAAAAUAACAUAUUUCUACUUUUCCAAAUGGAUUUAAAGCACUUAACUAAUAUAUGACAAAACAAUGGAGGAUAAAAAGACAAAGGGAACUAGAACUGUUAUACCGGCAGCGAACUCAUUUGAAAAUUCCGAUGCUGCAGGAUGGGUUUAUAAAUUAAUAAACGAAGGUUUCAUGAGGAAGCGUUGGCGUAAAAGAUACUGUGUACUUUCCAACGGAGUUCUUUAUUUAUAUGAGCAACAAAAAUCGGAUGGCACCGAAAAAACAUGCAGCACUGUGAACCUAAAACAUUAUGCAGAAUGUGUAAAAGCUCCGAGAAAGCAAUGUAAGAAAAGUCCGAAUACCGUAAUUAUUGAACCAAUAAAGAAAGAAGAUAAGACGGAAUCAACAAAGAAUUCCAAACAAAUAAACCGCGAAUUUUUCUACACUGAAACACCUGAGGAUCAGGAAAAAUGGCUUGCCAAGCUAAAAGAAUCAUUGUCGAUGGCAAAUAUUGGCGGUGGUUCUAAGUUAAAACAUAUAACAAAAACAAGAGCACGGCCACCAAGAGGCGGAGGAGGAAAUAGACGUCCACCAACUAAACAACAUCUCAAAGAGAGGGCAAUGAUGUCAGAAGUGUCUUUAGAUUCCCAAGAAGCUGAGACUGCAAAUAGCGAAUCAAUCAAAAAGCGAGGAAAUAUUCCAGUUUUGGCGCUACGACCGCCACCUGGCAGUGGUAAAGUUCCCUUGAAGUCUCCUACACUUUCCCAGACAGAGGUUACUGGAACAAAUGAAGAAAUUGAAAAUGUUCCAAAUAACGAUGAUAUGACAGCAACGCCAACAGUAAGUUCGCCGAUAUCACCCAAGCCUCCACCAGCGGCACUGAAGCCAAAAUUGUCAAAGUUUAUCGUGCGAAAUGGCAGUGUUGGAAGCUCGGGAAGUCACGAAUCCCUUCCGCCUCUUCUGGAAUCUGCACCGAUGGUUGAUGAUGAGACCACAAUAGAUGAUAGUGAAAAACUUUCAUCCUCACCGUCGUCCAAAACGUCUUCUCUAGACAGAAUGGACAAAGCUUCAGUUAAUUCACUAUCAAAUUCCGACUGCCCGCCUUCACCUCCACCACCACUGUUAGAUAAUUCUACUAACGUUGAUGAAAAUCACAACGACGAAGAAGCGACUGAAGAGUCAGUAGUUAGGUCCGAAAAAUUAGAAACACUUAAAGAAAAAUUCAAUUUGAAGUUGAAAAAGAAUGAGAGGAUUUUGAAAGCUCGUUCCAUGAUGGAUUUAGAUCGAGACUCAGAUAACGAAGAACCUCUCCCUCCACCCCCGUCCCCGCCUCCUUCUCCUCCCGCAGAAACGGAAAGUAACGGAGAUUUUCCAAUCGAAGAGACUAAAAAGUGCAAAAAACGUAAAGGAUCAGUGAAGGCACGCCCUUCGUCCCUUGUUAUUGAUGUUUGAAUCAGAAAUAUUUUUAUCUAUGCAUUUUUGUAUUUAUGUAAUCUAAAAGUGACAACGAAUCUACUAAAAAGUAAGGAUGUCGCAAAUAAAUAUUCUCCGCAUUAUUGCCAGAGAAUAGCCACCGCACACAUCCCGUUUUUAAAAAAUGAUGCUAAACAUUCCAAAGCAAUGCAUACGUAGUUUCAAAUAGAAUUAAUUUUACAAAGGCGACGUAACUUGGCUUCCUAUUUAUAUAAUAAAAUUUGUCAUUCUAUUUUCUAUUAAAUUUAUUUCACGUGGUUUCCUAACUGUUCUACAUUGUUUUAUUUUGAUUACUCUUCAAAUAUUUUUGCAUUUGGGCGAGUGGUGAAUGCAAAAUCAAAUAUGACUUAUGGUAAUGUAAUAAAUUGCGUAUCUCUGUAUUUGAUCUUCAUUUAUCACCUUACUUUGCUUAAAAUGUUUUAUGUUUUUACUUUUCUGUAUAUUGUGCAAAGACAUAUUUAUGCCCAUGUUGUAAAUUGCAAAUAAUAAUCAAGUUCGUAUUUAUUUACCAAAUUAAAAACACCUUAACAAAUUGAAAAAUCUUUUCAAACUUGUGGACACUCGCUUCAUCAAGUUCCCGUUGUUGGUCACAUGCAAUUCAUAUAAGGGCGGAGAUAUUCGAAUGAGAAGAAGUUCGUGUGUGAUAAACUUCCACAUUGAAAAUUGCUAUUCGAAUUACGGAAACCGAAUGAGUGCCGAGUCUUCCACAGUUGAACGCAAGUCUUUCAGUAUAAAUAUUGAGGUUGUUUGAAUAUAACAUAUUUGCCAAUAUAUGUGUACACAUAUGCUUAA